AUGAACACAAUGCAGGAAGAUUUGUGCCUCUUGGAUGACACCGUGCUUCCAUGUGAGGUCAUUGGAAAUCCCAAAGACCUGCAAAUAGUGUGGGGUCACGGCUUGGGACCCACAGACCCACGUGCAAUGCACAGGCGGUCAUGUGAGAGUUUCCCUGUGAUCAGUGAUUCCGUUGCGGCAGCAAAGACGAAAGGAACACCUUUCAGCGCCGUGCUGUUUGAUGCAAGAGGUCAUGGAAAGUCCUCUGGAUGGGAACCUAUGGCAGGGUGCAUUCAGCAGUUUCUUUGGCGGAAUCUCGCCUUUGACAUGUUGACCGUUGCUUCAAACUUUCGGCAUCUUCCCAUUCGGAAGCAACGUGGAGCCUUGCUAGGUGGAUUCAGCAUGGGCGCUUCAACAGCUUUGUGGGCGGCACAUUUGUGCCCGACAUUGGUGCGAGGAUUGGUCUUGUUUUCCGUAACAACGGCAUGGGAAAUCAGAGCAGCACGACGUUCCUAUUUGUUGAAGUGUGUGGAGAAGUUGGAGGGCACUGACCCUGCAGCCGCUGAAGUUGUGAAGGGGGCAGCUUAUACCGACCUUCCAUCCCUGGAAGACCUUGCAGCCUCCAAACUACAAAUCCCUGUGUUGCUCUGUGCGGCACGGGAUGACAAGACUCAUCCAGCGGAAGUAGCAGAACGUUUGAACACAGUCUUGCCCAAGGCUGAGCUGCUGGUGAUGGACACCAAGGAGGAAUUGAACCAGGAACGCUUGCAGCAGCUGUACAAUCGAUUGGCUCAAUUUCGGGAAAGUGAUCUGGAAAAGAGUGGAGAAGGAGAUGCGCUGAUCGAGACUGUCAGACAGAUCACUGAGGUUCUUAUUUGGGGUGAGCAGACCAACAACAGCCAAUUCUUUGACUUUUUUUGCGAGAAGAGUAUUUUCUCCGAUCUGGUACAUGUUCUUGGUCUAAAGAAAGCCUCCAAGAAGGUCAAGCUGCAGCUACUUCAGACCUUGUCCAUGCUGGUUCAGAACAUUCGACGGCAGACGUCUGUCUACUACAUCCUCAGCAAUAACCAUGUCAACAGACUGAUGUCGACCAACAUGGACUUUGACGACGAGGAAGUUCUUGCGUAUUACAUUACCUUGAUGAAGUCUCUGGCAAUGCGACUUGACAAUGAAUCCAUCAAGUUUUUCUUCAUUCAGCAUCCAGAGCCGUCUUUUCCGCUCUACAUUGAAGCAACCAAAUUCUUCAGCCACAAGGAUCACAUGGUUCGGGCGACAGUGCGAACAAUCACGUUGCAGGUGUACAAAAUAGAAGACCAACCUAUGCGACGAUUCGUCCUGCGCCACGCAGCUGAGUCUUACUUCAGCCAGCUGGCAUACCAUUUGCAAGACCUUUGGUUGCGACUAAAUGCAGCAGCUAGCAAAGUCACGAGUGAGGAUGAGCUGUCAGCAGUGCGUCGAGAAAAUGAACUGCAGCAGGAUCUCCAGAUCUACCUCUCAGAUGUGUUCGAGCUCGGUAUUGAAGAGUUGAAUGAGGUCUUAGCUGACCGUCUCCUAAACGGUGCUAUCCUGCCAGUCCUCUUAGCUGGAGUGUCAAAUGCUUCUGCCCAACGCAAUGGAAACACGGUCGUUAGGAUCUUGUCCCCGCACGUGGCGCUCUUCCUGAUUCGGCAGGUCCUCGACACCUUCCAUUGCCCGGUUCUUGUGGAGCCAAUGGCACAAGCCCUCCUGUGGUCCACGGUUCCCGCAGCGCUUGCGUAUGUGCUGCCGGGCCAAGUGAAAGAAGCUAGCUUCACAACCAAGGAGGGGGACUUCGUCAAGAAUCCGCUUCGAGACAGCUUCCUUGCGACUCUUAGUUUGCCAGAGGAUCGGACCUUCCUUAUGGCAGCAGCUGUGUUGCAUGGAUGCAUCAUGAAGAGGACUGUGUUCUCAGAUGAUUUCCUUGUGAAAGCCCAGCUACUUCCAAGCCAACCCUGGAAGAAUUCCCAGCCCAAAUCGGGCUCGAAGGCCAGCGAAACAACACAGAGCCUGCCUGAAGCUUUGGCGCUCCUCUACCAGGCCAUAACUGACAGGACCUGCUGGCAGUUGCAGCAAUACAUGGCGCUAGUCCGGAUGUUUCUGGAAGUUGCACAUGCCAGUCACAUGACUGCAGUGGUGCAUGCCGUUGCCCUCAAGGCGUCAAUGGCUUCAAUGAGAGCAGCUGCUGCCCACGUCCAGGAGGUUCUGCGAGAGGCCCAAGCCGGAGAUGAUGGCGGAGCUUGGCUGGUUGACAUUUUCUGUGAAGAGUGGGAGCAACACAAGGCUGGCCUUCUCCACUUGCCCGAGUUCUUUACCGACCCCAGGCGAUUAAUUCCUCCAGAAGGCCGUGGCUCCGGCAGGCGGUCCUCUUUGCAGCGCUAUGGCCUGGUCGCUGCACAGCAUGCUGUUCGAAGCCUCUUCUUGUGCAGGCGACUAGUGCGUGGCCUGCAAUGUCCCCGUCAAGAAGCACCUUCAGAACCAGGUCAACCAAGUCCCCAGUGGCUGCGCUUCAGUGAUGAGCCUUCUCCGUUGCAGCUUGAUGAGGCUUCUCGCCCGAUCGAGGGCAGCCAGAUGGACUUAAACGGGCGCUCCAGUAUUGGCUGCAGUUUCACAUCAGCAAAGGCGAGUUCGGCCCAGCGCAUGCAGCGUCACCUUGUCUUGGAUCCUGCCUGGCUGGUUCUGGCUGACACGGAAAAUGCCAAUGAGGCAGUUGUGACCACUGUGUGGCCGAUUUGGCAGGUUCAAUCGCUGAUCGACAGAAGUGACCCGCGAACGCUCCAGAUCGGAAUGAACGCCCCCAAACCUGGCAUGAAGCCUGGAGAAGCCGUGGCGUACAACCCACCAAUCAGCACCUACUUCACGCUGACGCUGAACUUCACUGAUUUGAAAGCCUGCAACGAAGCUGCGGUGCACCUACAAACGCGACGUUUGGCCAUUCGGAGUCAGAUGUUGCAACAGGUCGCAACUUUUGUUGAAAGAUGCAAGGGUGGCACAUCAGCAGAUCACGAAGCACCAGUUGCCGAAGCCUCAGCAGGUUUUGGUAAUUACGGGGGAGAACUGGGCGAAUCGAGUGGUUGGCGGAUCUGGUCCAGCUUUCCCAGUCACAACCUUACCGUACACCAUGGUGACUUCAUGGCUGUUUAUGCAGUGGGCAGUGUGCUGGAUGCACCAAAAACAACGGAUGUGCAUGCACCGCCUGCCUUCGGUCCACCAACUAUGUCAGCUGAGACCGCGAUGUGGAAGGCAUUGGCGCGUGCAGCAACCGAGCGCAUGGAGGCAGAAGAGCAUCGAGUCGGUCAGUGGCCCGCAUCAGCUGCCUUGGCGAGCACAGAGCGCCAAGUUUUGCAAAAAAUGCACCAUGCUUUAUCGCUAACUCGACCAGAUCGAAAAAGUGCUGCCACCCUUCUGCAGGUUGGGGAGUCUGGCAAAGUUGGGCGAACUGUUUUGCCCCCACCAGAUCCAGCCAAAGUUGGUCCAUUGGCUCCGUUGCCGAGUUUCGGAGCUGGGCUUGGUGCUGCAUUGCCAGAGCUGCCACCACUGGGGGGUCCAGCCUCUGCAGUGGGAACCACACUGCCACUCUAUGCCGGCAGCUAUGGUGGGGCUCUGGCACCUGGCCCUAAUGGUUUUCCGCUUCCGCACAGCGAUUCAUAUGAUGUGUGGCAAUCUGCGACUCCACCCACCGACAUCACAGAGUUUCCGUUUGCAGGAUUCCACAGUGCUGGAGAAGACUUGGCUCUUAUCAGCUCAGUUCCACCAAGCUUGCUGCUCAUGGCCGUGUGGUUGCCACCGAAGAGGCAAUGUCAUUCGGAUUUUUUGUGA